AUGGCUGCGGCCACCAAACAUGUUCUUAGAAGAGCAAUGCUCUAUGUCCCAGGCUCCUCCCAACGAUUCCUCGAUAAAUCGCGCGGACUGACGGUCGACUGCGUGGCGUACGACCUCGAAGACAGCGUCACGCCCGGCCGCAAAGCCGAAGCACGCACCUUAGUGCGCAAGGCACUAGACCAAGAGCUCCCGCCGGGGGUGAAAGAGCGGGCGGUGCGCAUCAACGCUGUCGGCUCUGGGCUCGCACUGGCGGAUCUAGAAGAGGUGGUGAAGUCGCCCAACCUGACGACGCUCGUGGUGCCCAAAGUCGAGAGCGCGAGCCACAUGACAUUCAUCAGCGACGUGCUGGCGCACUCGCGCAGCAAAGAAAUCGCCGAGAAACACGGACCCAUCAGCGUGAUCGCGCUGAUCGAGUCCGCAAAGGCGCUCACGAACCUGAAUGAGAUCUGCCGUGCCGCACCGCACCUGCUGCAGGGCCUGACGUUCGCGGCGGAGGAUUUCGCGCUCGAUAUGUCCAUCACGCGGAGCCCGAGCCUGACCGAGUUCCUGUAUGCGAGACAGAUGAUCGCUACAGCGGCGCGGGCCUACAAUCUGCCGAGCACGAUCGAUUUGGUCGCGACGGCGUUUCGCUCCGAAGCCGACCAUGAGAUGUUGGAAAAUGAGUGCAAUGAGGGCAAGUCCAUGGGUUACAAUGGCAAGCAGUGCAUUCAUCCGUCGCAGGUGGCCACGGUGCAGAGGAUCUUCAGCCCCGGCCAGAAGGAGGUCGAGUGGGCGGUUAGGAUUACCAUUGCGCAGAAGCGAGCCGAGGAGAUGGGGAAGGGUGCUUGGGCCAUGGAUGGAAAAAUGAUCGAUGCUCCUGUUGAGGGCAAGGCGAGGGCGAUCGUCCAGAGGGCGGAAUUGUGUGGGUUCGAUGUCAAGGCGCUGCAGGAGAAGUUCAAGGACCAACAGCCUGAAUGA